CGCACGCUCCCCUCCGCGGGACAGCUCUCCGAGCAUGCACGCCGCCGCGGGAACGACGCUCAAGGCGUCGCGCGCUUCGCGCACGCCCACGCUCUCGCGUCCUCGCCGCGCCGCGCGCGUCCUUCGCGCGGCGUCGAGACCGCGCCGCCGCGGCGCGCGACUCGCCGCGAGCGCGAAGCAAUCGGCUCACGACGACGAUAUUUCCGACGUCCGUCUCGCGACGUCCGCGGCGCUGGCGUCCGCGACGGUCGCGGCGACGAUCUCCCUCGCGUUCUCCGUGGACGCGACGCUCACGGCGAUGAUGUCCGCGGUCGGGUUGGAGGUGGCGGAGAUGGAAUACAGCACGAGGUCGGCGCGUCGUGGCCGCGCUGCCGGUCGCGCCGGAGGUGGAGACGAUGUCCGCGGGGCAGGAGCUCUUCGAGUGCGAAAUCCAAGCCUUCCGGUGCGAAAUCUGAAAGGUCGCGAGAGGCGGGACGACCAGACCUCUCAGAACGGCCCUCAGAGACCGAACCAACUCCAGAACGCCGAGGAAAUUAAUUGUACACGACUGUAUCACCACCGCGCGCGGCGCGCGCGCGAUACCCUGUAAUCUAAAGUAUUCUUCUCAUUUCUCUCUCGCGCGCUGUCCUACAUACAGUACACCCGCUACAACCGCAUCGUCCCCGGGUUCAAGCGCGAACUGAUCUCCCUCGUCAACGCGAUCACCGCAACCGCGCCCAACCCGUGCGCCUCCGCGAACGCCUCCGCCGUCGCCCUCACCGCCUCGAUCGCCGCGUCGCGAACGAACAGCGUCACCGCCGCGCCGCCGCGUCCCGGGAUCUCCACGGGGAUCGCCACGAGGACGGGGCCCAAGCGUUCGUGCGCGGCGUUCGCGAGCUGCGCCGCGGCGUCUUGCGGGACGCGCUCCGCGAGCGCCCACUCGCUCGCGCGCGCGAGCAGCUCGUGCUGCUCGCCCUCGACGACGUCGAAGAGCAGCGCGCGGCCGUCCGGCGCGACGACCGGGAUCGAGAUCAACGACCGGCGCUUCGCGCGAUUGGCCACGUGCGUCUUCACCAUCGCGUCGAGUCGAGUAACGGACGCGGCUGGGACGUUAUGGAGCUCGCAAAACGUCGCGACGACAGUCGCGGGGUCGUCGCCGUCGCGAAUCGCGACCACCGNCUUCUCGCCGGAGGGGACGAUCACGGGGACGCGCGCGAUGAGCCUCGGGUCGCGGGACGAUCGACCCGAUCAGCGCGUCUCUGAUCGGCGUGAAGUGCGUCUCGUGAUCGAGCCCGUCCGUGGCCGCGAUGAACGCGGUCACGACGUCGUCGAGGACGUCGCCCUCGCGCAC